CAACCUUCACAGUAGACCAAUCGGGCUGAGCGGUCCGCAACAACAACAACAACAACAUCCUCCAGCUAUUUCACUUCGGGUGUCAGCGAAAUACAUACAUGGGUAACUCGACAGGAAGCACCGUGGACGACCUGCAGGCGGUGGAGAUGCACCUGUGGUACAAGAAGUUCAUGACCGAGUGCCCCUCGGGUCAGCUCACCCUGCACGAGUUCAAGCAGUUCUUCGGGCUGCGGGGUUUGGACCCGGAGGCCAACGACUACAUAGAGCAGAUGUUCCGCACGUUUGACAUGAACAAGGACGGCUACAUCGACUUCAUGGAGUACGUGGCGGCCCUUAGCCUGGUGAUGCGCGGGAAGAUGGAGCACAAGCUGCGCUGGUAUUUCAAACUCUACGACGUGGACGGCAACGGCUGCAUCGACCGGCACGAGCUCCUCAACAUCAUAAAGGCCAUCCGUGCAAUCAAUGGUCAGGAGAAUCAGGAAAUGUCUGCUGAGGAUUUCACGAACCGCGUGUUUGACAGGAUUGAUAUAAACGGAGACGGCGAGCUUUCCUUGGAGGAGUUUGUGGCCGGUGCGCGCACCGAUGAUUUCAUGGAGGUGAUGAUAAAAAGUCUGGACCUCACUCACAUUGUGGCGAUGAUCGACAAACGGAGGCACAGCGUUUAGGCUCCGCCCAGUCGCCCCACCUCAUCCCCAUUCAUGACCCCGAGGGUCUCCGUGCACGGUCCUCUGUUGAAGAGGUUCACAUAGACUUGAGAUUUCUAUUCAGAUGGAAUAAUAUAAUUCCAGUGUGGCUGCAGACACUGACCUGUCCCAUGUCUUAUCUCUGAAACAGUGGCACACAUUGCACCUGAAAUGCAGUCAAGCUAUGCAAACUGGUCUUGUUUAUCGAUGCCGAGCUCUUCCCACUUCGGUGCGUGGGACGAUCCUUCAUCGUUCCACCGCCGAUUCCCCCGAGGAACAAAGGAGGGAGAUAAGCAGAGCGGCAAUUACAUGCACUCAAUGCUUUCCAAAUUAUUAUUUCUUCAGCGUCUGAGUUCUUCUGCAUCAAAAUACUGUUCCAGCCUCGGAAGUGUGCUUCAUAUCUUUAUGCAAAUUUGAUGAAGUCAAAAGACUAUAAAAAAAACGUGCUUUAAGCAGUGUGCAAACAAAGUAAAAUGUUUUUAACCUUUUUUAAAGUUUGAAUAAAUAAAGUGUAUCUACUGGAUAUAAAGUGUUGCACAGCCAAGCAUUUAUAAGCAGUACAUGAACAAUGAAAAAAUGGUUCAUAUCCCUCUUUGAGUACUUGUACAGAGCCAUAAGGACCUUUGAAAGUGUUUAAAUAUGUACAGUAUUUUCCAACAAUAAAAUGUGUUUUUUACAUUAUUAAAACUAUGUUUUACUUCA